GCUUUGAGACGUCUCAAUGACAUGAUAAGGCGCUACAGCGAAUACAAUAUUAGAUUUUACACAUCGCCUUUAAAUUCAAAAUAUCUCAAAGUAGUGAAAUUGUAAUACAGACACACGCAGCGGGCACUUUCCUUACAGUAAGGCUCCCUCAGACCUUGAGAGAUUGUCUGCCAGGAUGUGGGAAGAAACUCCCUUCUCUUUCCAGGGUUACGUUACCUCCAGCUGGGGAAAGUGACCAGAUGUCUGUGAUGAUGCUCUCUCUUUCUGCCCUCUCCGAGGCUCAGGCGGACGUGCUUGUGGAGUGAUGGAGUUUGCGUGUAGUCACAUUGUGUACAACCCUCUGCCACGCCCCAGGAUCUGCUGGGAUGAACAAAGGCGGGCUAGAGCGGGGGUCUCUGGUGAUGGUGAGACUCCAGCCCCCAACCCUCCCCGUGUCAGACCUCCCGAGAUACCGGACCACAGCAUCGCUCAUCACUAUGACAACGGCUACCUGAGAACCACCUCGGCCAGGGCCAACAGUCUGUACGCUCAGGUUCCUAAGCACCGAACCCGCAAUCCUGUUCCCCCCAGGCAGCCUGAGGUACUCAAGGCUCGCGGUCAGUACUCAGAGUCGGAUGAUAGUGAGGCUCCUCCCCUGCCACCUCGCCCCAGCGUCCGAAAACCAGACCUGCUCAACACAGCUUGUCUCUCUGCCAGCCUCCCGGCCACACUGAAUCCCCCCACCCAGCUUCCCCCGCCCAGACCCAAGCGUAGCCCUAGGCUCCGCGCUGCGUGCAAGAGCAACAGCAGCAGUAAAGCCAACGUGAACGUGGUUUCCAUCAGCCUGGGGAAGUUGGUUGAUCUCAGUGAUGUGGGAGCUCAGGCGGCCAGAGCUGUACAAUGUCGGAGAUGUCCAGGUGCCUUGUCCAGUAUCAGUCGCAUUCACCACCGUCACCUGGACGUAAUCUGGACGUGUGAAUUCUGUCAGCAGCAGAAUGUCAUCACUCGUUCUUUCGAAUCGAUCCCCUGGUGUCCGGAUGUCACGUAUCUCUUGGGUCCCACCAAUGACGAUUACAUCAAUGUGGACGAUUCCUUGGUUGUGUUCUGUGUGGACGUCUCUGGGAGCAUGUCUGUGACCAAUGAGAUUGCGGUGCCUAAUGAAGUUUCCAAAACAGUCCACAUCUCCAGAUUGCAGAGUGUUCAAGAAGCUAUCCAGAGGUCCCUAUUGCACAUGCUGCAGACCUGCCCUCAGCGGCGAGUGGCCCUGGUCACAUUCCACGAUGAGGUGACAAUCUACGGGGACGGGCUGAGCGCUCCUCUAACACUGACCGAGGACGAGCUCUGGGAUUCCGAUUACCUGCACUCACGGGCCUCAGACUAUCCCACUCCCCUGUGUAUUGCAGAGAGCAUCCAGACUCUGAGUCAACGAGUACACAAAUUGGAAAUAAAGGGCACAACUGCCCUGGGAUCAGCUGCUCUCAUAUCCAUAGUCAUAGCAUCGAAGAAACCUGGGUCAAAGGUUAUCAUCUGCACUGACGGCAAAGCGAACACCGGCAUGGGCUUUCUGACGGACGUGGAGUGCGAAGAUGAUGUUUAUAAACAGUUUUACACGGAGCUCGGGGAGAAGGCCAGCUUGGCCGGGGUGAUUGUGUCAGUGCUGACGAUAGAGGGGACAGAAUGCAGGCUGGCCGAGAUCGGGAGCCUGGCUGAUCGGACAGGAGGAAAGGUCAACAUCGUCAAUCCAAGCAACUUAGCCACAGAAAUUCAGUCCACUUUGGAGGACGAUGUGAUUGCGACUGACGUGACGGUCACCUUCGUAGUGACUGAGCAGAUGUAUUUUGGAUACGAGGAGCAGACAGGGAAUAAGCUGGUGAAGAAUAUUGGAAAUGUGACCAAGGAUACAGAAGUGACAUUUGAGUUUGGGAUUAAGGAAUCUCACAUUGACACUCUCCAGGAACAAGCAAAGCUUCCCUUCCAACUGCAGGUUCACUUCAGGACCCGGGACAACAGGAGGGGCUGUCGCAUCAUCAGCCAGGAGAAGCACAUCGCCAGCAACAUCUGCCUGGUGGAGGACAGUGUGAACAUCACGGUGCUCGGGAUCCACGCGGCCCAGCUGAGCGCCAGGCUGACAAUGCAGGGACGUGUGAAGGAAGCGUGUAGAGAGAUGCAGGCCCAGAAGGAACUCAUCCAGAGGAUCGUUGAGAAGAACCAAGAUCAGGAGGAGGAGGAAAUCUAUCAGAAUUGGCUGCACUGUGUGGCCACGGUGUGUGAGGACCUGAGCCAGUCUGAGCAGAAUGUGAAAGCAGCGAAACGGACGAACGAGCCUCCCGGCGGUGAUUCUGUUUUCAAGAUGCUGUCGGAUGAGGUGGCUAGCGUGGUUUACCGCCUGAAAAACGCCAAGAGCAAGAUGCUGAAGAAGCCCCCACCUCGCCUGGUGCCCAUCAUCUGAGCCCCCUCC